GUCACACAGAGCUGAGACCAUGUAACACCCCAUUUGUUACUCUGAGUUGCAGUGAAUUUAUACAUCGUCUGCACAUUGGUGACCAUGGCAGGAAGCACCAGGACCCCGAACCUCACUGUCCUUCUCUGUCUCGGGCUGUGUCAGAGCCUGUGGGACCAGGUCCAGGCAGGAGUUCCACCCAAACCCUCCAUCUGGGCUGACCCAGGCCCCAUCGUCAGCAAGGGGAGCUCUGUGACCAUCUGGUGUCAGGGGUCUCUGCAGGCAGAUGGCUACAUUCUGUAUAAAGAGAGGAGUUCUGAGCCCUCAGAUACGAGCAUCCCACAGGCCUCCAGCAACAAGACCGGGUUCCUCAUUCAGUCCAUGAGCUCACAGCACACAGGGCUGUACCAGUGUGCAUACAGCACUGGGGGCAGGCUGUCUGAGAGGAGUGAGCCCCUGCUCCUGGUACUGACAGGAGAGCACAGUGCACCCUCCCUCUCAGACCAGCCAGGCCCAGUGGUGGCCUCAGGAAGGAAGGGGUCCCUCUCAUGCAGCUCAGAGUCCACAUGGGACACUUUCCACCUGCUGAAGGAGAGUGGGGCUUAGCCCCCCAACAGGAAAUCAGAGCAGAGAUCCUAUGAGAGGAGGUGGCAGGCUGUUUUCCCUGUGGGCCCCCAGAGCUCCUCCCAUGGGGGGAUCUACAGAUGCUAUGGCUCCUCCAGCUCCAACCCCAAUGUGUGGUCACAGCCCAGUGCCCCUCUGCACCUCGAGGUCACAGGUGUGUACAGGGAGCCCUCCCUCUUGGCCAAGACAAGCACCCUGGUGCUGCCUGGAGACAGCCUGACCCUCCAGUAUCACUCUGAACCCAGAUUUGACACAUUUGCUCUGACCAAGGAUGAGGGGCCCACAUCCUUCCAGAGUCUCCAUGGGCAGCACAGCCCCGACUUCCCCCUGGGCCCUGUGAACCUCACCCACAGGGGUCGGUACAGGUGUUACAGUGGACACAACCUCUCCUAUGUGUGGUCGGCCCCCAGCCCCCCCUGGACUGCCCUCUUCUCCACAGGAAUGUACCAGAAACCCUCCCUCUCAGCCCAGCCUGGGCCCUCAGUGUCCUGGGGAGCAAACGUGAUCCUACAGUGUGAAUCCGAGGUCAGUGCUGACACCUUCCACCUACACAGGGAGGGGUCCCUAGACCCUCCCCAGCAGCUUCACCUGCAGGACACAGCUGCCCCCUCUCAGGCCAACUUCACCAUCAGCCCUGUGACCUGGGGCCACCAGGGGAUCUACAGGUGCUACAGCUCACACAGCUCCUCCCCCUUCCAGCUGUCACAGCCCAGUGACCCCCUGGAGCUCCUGGUCUCAGGGCUGCGUUGGGGUCCGUGGGACCAGGUCCAAGCAGGAGUUCACCCCAAACCCUCCAUCUGGGCUGACCCAGGCCCCAUCAUCAGACAGGGGAGCUCUGUGACCAUCUGGUGUCAGGGGUCUCUGCAGGCAGAUGGCUACAUUCUGUAUAAAGAGAGGAGUUCUGAGCCCUUGGACACAAGCAUCCCACAGGCCUCCAGCAACAAGACCGGGUUCCUCAUUCAGUCCAUGGACUCACAGAACACAGGGGUGUACCAGUGUGCAUACAGCACUGGGGGCACAGUGUCUGAGAGGAGUGAGCCCCUGCUCCUGGUGCUGACAGGAGAACACAGCGCACCCUCCCUCUCAGCCCACCCAGGCCCUGUGGUGACCUCAGGAGGGAACCUGUCCCUCUUGUGCAGCUCACAGUCCACAUGGGACACUUUCCACCUGCUGAAAGAGGGAGGGGUUGAGCUGCUUCAACACAAGAAAUCAGAACACAGAUCCUAUGAGAGGAGGUGCCAGGUCGACUUCCCUGUGGGUCCCGUGAGCUCCUCCCAUGGGGGGACCUACAGAUGCUAUGGCUCCUCCAGCUCCAGCCCCAAUGUGUGGUCACAGCCCAGUGCCCCUCUGCACCUCGAGGUCACAGGUGUGUACAGGGAGCCCUCCCUCUCAGCCCAGCCAGGGCCCCUGCUGCUGCCUGGAGACAGCCUGACCCUCCAGUGUCACUCAGAGCCCAGCUUUGACAGAUUCGCUCUGACCAGGGAUGAGGGGCCCACACCCCUCCAUCGUCUCCAUGGGCAGCACAGCCCCAACUUCUCCCUUGGCCCUGUGAACCUCACCCAUGGGGGCCAGUACAGGUGCUACAGUGGACACAACCUCUCCUAUGUGUGGUCGGCCCCCAGUGCCCCCCUGGACAUCCUGAUUACAGCCCUCCUCUCCCCAGGAAUGUACAGGAAACCCUCCCUCUCAGUCCAGCCUGGGCCCUCGGUUACCUGGGGAGCGAAUGUGACCCUGCAGUGUCGAUCUGAGGACAGGGCUGACACCUUCCACCUGCACAGGGAGGGGUCCCUGGAUCCUCCCCAGCAGCUUCAUCUGCAGGACACAGCUGCCCCCUCUCAGGCCAACUUCACCAUCAGCCCUGUGACCUGGGGCCACAGAGGGACCUACAGGUGCUACAGCUCACGCAGCUCCUCCCCCUUUCAGCUGUCACAGCCCAGCGACCCCCUGGAGCUCCUGGUCUCAGGGCUGGUGUGUGGACAGAGGACACUGAAGUGUGUGAAGGGCCAACAUUUGGGGGACAUCUACUGGACUAUAGGAGACAUGAGGAGGCAGGCACACCCACAGCCUCCCCUGUUCCUGUGUCAGGCAGCAGCUGGGGUCUGCAGACCCUCCUCCACAUGGGCAAAGGUAGUAUCUGUUGGGUAGCAGAGUCCCCUUAGCCUAGAGGAGACACACACUCCACCAUUUUACAUUUCAAUACUUCAAAUAGUUCCAGAAGGCCUUGUUUCCCAAAGUCCUGGGGAUAAAGUUGGAGAUGUAAGGAAGGGACCUCUUGUCUCAAGGAGCAGGGUGGUCAUUGGGUCCCAUGUGAUCAGUGGGGAGGAAAUACGUGAAGGGGAAGACGCCCAGCCCAGGUGGGGUGAAAACAGAAGGAGCCAUGCCUGCCUAUGUCAGUGUUGCUGAUUCAGGGCCCCUGAGCUGUUCUGGUUCUCGUAAAAUCACGCCCACAUGGGAGACACAGUCAAGGAGGCUCCCAUUGUGGGUCAGGGUGAGUCAUAACCAGGGAUAGGAGUCAGAGAUCCUCUGACAGUCUGAACUGAUAUGGAGCUGGCUCAGCCCCAUUGAUGUGCGUCCCACCGACAAAAUUCUACCUAUAUCUGGGACUCAGUUCUCCCAUCUAUCAGAGCACAAUCCAUUCCAGGAUCUCAUAAAGCUCAGUUAGUUUACAACUUUGAUGCCAGAGAAUCCCUGUGGGAGAAAGAACAUGAGUCCACUCUGAGCUCGUCCUGUCUCCAUGGGGAACCACUGUCAUUACACGGGUGUGGGAGGAUGGCUGGGCUUCUGCUCUGUUUCCAUGACACCAGCUGGUCAGCUGUGUCAGUCAUCCUCCGAUACACCUCCCACCAGAACUCCCAUCAGUGCCCCCUUUCCCUCCCAGAGUUCCCUGUAUUACCUGUGACUUCAUUUGUCACAUCAUCAGGGUCUGUCUGUGAUCUACAGAGAUCUGUAUUUUCAUGCAGCUAUGCAUCUAAAGAUUUUCUUUUUUCUUUUUUUUGCCCUUUUCUUACCAAUCUUCCUGGUAGAUUACAAGCUCAAUGAACACUUAGAGAUUCUGUUAACUUUGGUAAAUCUCAAUACCAAAAAUAUCUAUGUUGUACAUAUUCCAUCAUCUAUCUCUUUAAAAAGAAUAAUUGAGAAAGAAGAAAGGAUUGUGAUGUGGAAAUUAUGUUCCCAACUCAGAGACACAAGGAGACAGCUGAGGUGAAGUAGUGAAAAGGUAGAUCCAGUUGUCACUCCUUCAUGUCCUGACAUUCUGGACAAAUUGAAGUCCCCUGUGUGCAUCUUGGCUUUCCAAAGCAAUGCAAGUCCAGGCCCCAGAAAUGCUCACCUGGCGGAGUUGGGUUGGGAACCAUUAGUUUGAGAGACACAUUGAAGAUGAGAGAAGAGAUGACUGAAGCCAUUCUAGUUUUCUCCUCUCAUAUCCUGUUGGUUUUCUUUUCCUCUGGAGCUGCUGAUCCUCUGGGAUGAUGGGAAACAACUCAGAUUCCAAGAGUAGAGAGGAGGAGAAAUUCUCAAUUAUGAGGCUGUGCUCAGAGCAUCAAAACUGGUCCAUGAGAUGCAGGUGUCCUGGUGGACAUGCAGGGGGACUGGGGUGAUUGGAGCCUGUCCUGACUUCUGGGAUCUCUUUACUCACAAU